CUCUCUCACUACACUUCUUCACAUCUCUCUCACUCUCUCUCUCUGCAUCUCUCUCUCUCUCUCGACGCAAUGACGAAGGAGGUGGCGGAGCACGGCUCCUACGGGGCGAAGGACUACCACGAUCCGCCGCCGGCGCCGCUGAUCGACGCGGAGGAGCUGACGAAGUGGUCGUUCUACCGGGCUCUGAUUGCGGAGUUCAUCGCGACUCUGCUCUUCCUCUACAUCACCGUGCUCACCGUGAUCGGGUACAAGAGCCAGUCGGCGGCGGACGAGUGCGGCGGAGUCGGAAUUCUCGGCAUUGCGUGGGCGUUCGGAGGCAUGAUUUUCAUCCUCGUCUACUGCACCGCUGGAAUCUCCGGAGGUCACAUUAACCCGGCCGUGACAUUCGGGCUUCUGUUGGCCCGAAAAGUGUCUCUGAUUCGGGCCGUGAUGUACAUGGUGGCUCAAUGCUUGGGCGCCAUUUGCGGAGUCGGGCUGGUGAAGGCCUUCCAAAGCUCCUACUACAAAAAAUACGGAGGCGGCGCCAACGAGCUCAGCGACGGCUACAGCACUGGAGUCGGGCUCGGAGCUGAGAUCAUCGGCACCUUCGUCCUCGUCUACACCGUCUUCUCCGCCACCGAUCCCAAGAGGAGCGCCAGAGACUCCCACGUUCCGGUCUUGGCGCCUCUUCCUAUCGGAUUCGCAGUCUUCAUGGUUCAUCUCGCCACGAUCCCGAUCACCGGCACCGGCAUCAACCCGGCUAGGAGUCUCGGAGCCGCAGUGAUAUACAACAAGGACAAGGCUUGGGAUGAUCAAUGGAUAUUCUGGGUUGGACCCUUCAUUGGUGCAGCCAUUGCAGCUUUCUACCAUCAGUUCAUAUUGAGGGCAGGAGCAGCCAAGGCACUUGGCUCAUUCAGGAGCAGUGCUUCCCACCAUGUUUGAUUGUUUUUAAUUUUCUAUGAUGAAAUUGUCAGAAAAAAAAGGAGAGAAUUGUUGUCUGUUUUUCAUUUUAUUUAUCAUGAGCAGAAAUGGAACAAGAGAAAUAUUUAUCAUUUUCUUGUGAAUUAUUAAUAAGAUAUCCCUUUUCCUUA